GGCAUGAAAAGCUUGGCGUAGAUGCGUGUUGUGGCCACUCGUGUGCAGACAGCCGCUACCAUGGCGCCUAGGUGGGUGUGUGUGGCCCUGCUUUACACCUUCACGACCCUGCUGGACUUUACAGGGGGCCAGGGCACUGAGGACAAGAGGAGCAGAGCCGUGUGGUACAAAGCAAGGCUCGAGCACACUGGGUCGGGCCUGAGCGACCAGCAGCUGGGGGCCAUCGCGAGGCAGGAGGACAUGCAACACUUCAGGAAGGUCUUGGCACCCAUCCUCGUCCCGCGCGUCGUCGGCACCCCGGGUCACGAGAGGGUCAGACAGCACUUGGUCGAGUCAAUGAGGGAGCUCGGUUGGACAGUUGAGGAGGACAGCUUCGACGACGACACCCCCAUUGGUCGCAGGACAUUCACUAACGUCGUGGCCACGCUGGACCCCAAGGCACCCAGACGUUUGGUUCUGGCCUGCCACUACGACUCCAAGCUGGUCCGUGAAGGCCAGUUCAUCGGUGCCACAGACUCUGCCGUGCCCUGUGCCAUGAUGCUGAACCUUGCGUGGGUCAUGAAAGACAGCCUCAAACUCCAGGCCAGGACGCAAUCAGACCUGACGCUCCAGUUCAUUUUCUUCGACGGGGAGGAGGCGUUCAGGCAGUGGUCCAAGACAGACUCCAUUUAUGGCGCCCGACACAUGGCCAAGAGCCUGGAAGCUCAACUCUACCCACCAAACAACAACAUUGGCUCAAAUCACCUUCACCGCAUGGACUUAUUCAUCCUCCUCGACCUCUUGGGAACUGCCGACGUUACGCUGUACAACUACUUUGAGGAGACAACCCCUUGGUACAAACGCAUGGCUUCCUAUGAACGCCGCCUCAGGGAACUGCAGCUCCUUCACACCAGGAACAACUACAUCUUCCAGAACCAAAACUUGUUGAAUCCUGGCAUUGAGGACGACCACAUUCCCUUCCUACACAGGGGUGUUCCAGUGCUUCAUCUGAUCCCAGUGCCAUUCCCCAAAGUGUGGCACAAGAACACCGACAACGAGAGGGCGCUACACUAUGGCACCAUCGAGAGCCUCAACAAGAUCAUGCGGUCCUUCGUUGCCGACUACCUCCACCUCAUCAUAUAGGAACUCACCCGGAACACAGACUUACAUGAUGAACUCUGAAGAAAAGAAUUAGUGCUGAAAUUUCUCUGCUUCUCUUGCUAGGUUAUCGGGCGUGUUUGCCGGUUUAUUCGUAUCACUCCUGUUAGUAUUCGUUUCAGGGGGGAAAAUGCUCCUAAAGUCAAGUUAAGGUUCAAAAAUUAACUUAGGUGAAAAUAGACAGGUUUGUUUUCUUCUUAUUAUUUUCUUUACCUAUCUAUUUUGACAAGCUGAUUUUUUCUUGUCUUAUUUUUUUUUCAUUGUCUAUCUUUAUAUUGACAAGUUUAUAUAUUAUUCUCUUGUUGCCAAAGUAUAAAACGAACUUGGAUGAAAAUAUGAACUUUAUGGAUCUUUAUUUUCACAAGUUUAUUUUUUUUCAUUGGCACAAUUUUCCGAGUAUUUUUUUCCCCUGGCACAAGCACGAACUGGAACAGUGAUAUGGGAAAAUUAGUUAACAUUCCUCAGUUAACUAUUCUGCUUCUCUUGCUAAGUACUAACUCACUAAUUCUCGCAUUUUACUCUGAAGCAGUUGAAUAAUUAAUGCUGACAAUUAUUUUCCUCUGUCUGCCGAGUAGGAUUAGUAGUCAAGCUUACUAACACAAAAUUAUCAUACAGUCACAUGUUUUGGCGAGGGAGAUCAUCAUGCUGUGUUCUGGAAAAAAAUUAGAAGAAUCCAUGUCUAGAUUUGUCCUGGUGAAGGUCUUACGCUAUACUCUCUUCAGAUUAACUUGCAACUAAAGCCGAUAUUUUUAAACAUAUCGGCAUCGCAGUUUGUCUGUUUGAAAAGCCCCUCGUAGAAGUUGCUGGGGUUUUCAUGGACUGUUUUGUGAUCCUGGUGAUAGUUUUACACAACUGUGCCUUGAACAGGAAAACACUCAUGAAAACCCAGUAAGUCUUCUCUGUGGUCUUAGAGAAUAGUCAUAAUAGGAGUCCGAUAUGUUUAAAAACUUGGACCUAUGCCUCUCCUUCUUCCCCAUCAAGUGUAUGUUGUUGGCCAGUCCACAAGCUAACCACACCCCUGUAACAAGCUAUUCAUUAUCUGUAUUAACUUCACAAACAAGCCUUUCGUCAUUAUAUAUCACUGGCCAGUCCACAAGCCUCAGUCCAUGUCCCUCUUCAACUCCAGCUGUGAAAGAUUAACCCGUCCACUGCAAUUGGUACGAAUUUUGCCUUCACUGGUAGCCUGGUAACAUAUACUCCCAGGUCUUUCUCUGCCUCUGUAGUGGAUAGUGGAGUGUUUCCCAUGUGCUGGAUUUCCCCCCCAAGGUGCAUGACUACAUUUUUCUUCAUUGAAUUGUAGCAGCCAUUUUUUUGCUCCACUCCUGUAGCUUGGUGAUGUCUUCUUGUAGGAUGUCUGCAGCCAAGGGGUUAAUCUCAUUGGGUGGUGGAUUUUUUCCUUUUUUUCCAGCAAAGGAGGCACCUCAAGGGCAGAAAACAAAAAAAAAGUAUGGUAGGCACUACUCUAUCAAAAGAAGAAGAAGAAGAAAAAAAAAAGAAUUAAGUCCAGUGAGGUAAAUUUCAGAAAGGGAAUGGGAAAGGUUUAAUUAUAUUGGAAGGCAGAUGCUAUGGAAGGCUAAAUCCUGCUGGUGGUUGUAAGGCAGGCGUUGGUGAGGCUUCUUUGCAAGGAUAAUUUGAAGCGAGUAUAGUCUGGCUUCUUUGCUCCUAAUUUAAGUGUGUCGCGUCGCUCAAAGACCUCAGUAUAGUUACGGUAUUUGAUUUUAGCAAAGAACUUUUUAUCGCAGGUAAUUUAUUAUGAGUAAUAUAUUAUUUUUUUACAAUUUACUUUCAUAUUUGCCAUCAUAAAUGCUGUAUUGAUGAAGGGUUACAAAUCCACAAAGGGUUAACGUGCUAGCUCAAAUUUGUUAUUGCCAGAAAAGCUAGAAUGAGCUGUGAAAGAUUUACAUACGACCAAUGAGUCUUUUAUUUUAACAUUAUUUUUUUCUACUACUUAUUACCUGUGCUGCUACUUUUAUCAUUGUAUAGUUUUGUUAUUGUGGUUGUGGGAAAUGGGGAAAUUUUAUUAUUAUUAUUAUUACCUCCGCCAACAAAGUUGGAGGAGGUUAUAUUUUCGGUCCGGUCAGUAUGUUUAUUUAUGUUUGUUUGUUCGUGAACAGUCUCCUGUGCACAAUUUUGUGGAUAUCUCAACCAAUUUUUCAGGGAAGCUUCGUGUUCAUCCAGAAUAGAACCCAUUAAAUUUAUUAUGUAAAAGGUCGCACAAAACGUCAGAUUGGCCAUAACUUUGGUUUUUGUCAUCGUAGAGACUUCAGACUUGGUUCAUAUUUUAGCUCAUCGAAAGAUGCACCUUGCAUGGCCUUGGCCUUGACCUUGACCUCAAAAGUUUGCCCAAGGUCAAAGUUUCCAAAAAAUAGAUUUUCAUCAAUUUUUUAAACAAAUGCUUCCAUAUGAUGCACCUUGCAUGGCCUUGACCUUGACCUUUGACCUCACAGGUUUGCCCAAGGUCAAAGUUAUAAAAAAAAAAUAGAAUUUCAUCAAAUUUCGAAACAAAUGCUUCCAUAUGAUCCAUAGGAUCACAGUUGAUUGCCAUACCAAUUUUCAGGACGAUCUUUGGCGGUAGUGUGCACUCUCCGAGUGCUAUGCAUCUAAUUAUUAUUAUUAUUAUUAUUAUUAUUCAGAGCUAGGCACCACAAACACAAACCGCAGCAUCAUUUUAAUUUUACUGUGGACACCAUCAGACGAUUUUUUUUUUUUUCUUUUUUUCUUUUUUUUUUUUUUAAUCAAGGGAGGAAAAGUCAUCCCAGUUACUCAUCCUCUACUGUUAUAUCUUUAUUUACUCUACUAGGGAUAACUUCAUAAAAUCACGUGUUGUUAGGCAGAAUAGAGUAAAUCAAGAUAUAAGUGUUGUCAAUGAGUAACCAAGAUGAAUUUUCACCCCAUGAUUACAAAAAAAUAUAUAUAUCACCCUAAACUAAAAUCCUCAAAUAGUAUCCAGAAAAAAAUUAAAGAUGCUGUGGUUUGCAUUAGUGUCCCCAAAUAUUAUUUUAUACACGCAUGUACAUUUUUUAUGAUUUUAGUUCAUCUUUUUAUUUUUUUUAGUUGUUCAUUUUUUUUUUCAUGACUAGUAUUGAAAGUGCAGCUUGUUGUAGUGUAUUCUUAUCUCUUCAAUGCUUUAUUACUCAAACUGCUCCACUCAACCUAGAAAUGGUAUGUUACUUAGUAAUUUUAUUGUUUUAAAACUUUUUGGUCAUUCACUUAAAUAAUAAUGUGUGGUAUCAUUGUUCUGAUGGAGAAAUCGUCAGGUGGUGCUGGUGUUAAGGAGAUUGAAGUCAUGCAUGGCAAGAGUGAAUGAUGUUGGUCAAAGUAAUGUUCAUUUUAUCAUUAUUAAGGUAUGAGAAGACAGACUAAGGGCAAUACAAAAAUCUAAAUUAAAAGUCCACAACAUGCUGUGCGAUAUAGAAAAAAGGGUGUUAGUUAUUCAUUUCAAAGGAGGAGGCUUAUGGUGUGAUAUGAUACUGAUGUUCACUAAACCUGAUUCCACAGUAAUAAUAUCACAGUACUGCAAAGGAGACUGAAGCCAUAAGUAGUAGUACAAUGAGUGACUAACACUGGUCGCUUUACUAUCAAUUUGUGUGAGGUAUUCAUGUGUUACUGUAGCAUUCUGUAAGAGCAAAGUGAUAAACUGAUAUUACUUAAUCAUUCCAUAGUAAAUAUAUCACAGUAGUACACAGGACACUGACGUCAUGAACAGCAACACAGCGAGGGAUUAACAUUGCUUGGGCUUCUACUAACAUGGCUUAACAUACCUCCAUUCACCUACAUGCUCACGAUAUAUAUAUUUCUGCAUAAACUCUUAGCCAUAGUCAAGGACGUAAGUCUAAGGUGCAAAGUAAACUAUUUUGUUAUUAUUCCAAAUGUAAAUGUUAAAAUGUUUCAUCGGGCCGUAUUACAAGUCUAAUCCGAGAAGUUUCAGGUCCCUACUGAGUUAUGCAUCCCGAACUCCAUGGGGACCCAAAACUUCUCUGAUUCGACAUGUAAUACAGCCGCUAGUGUGAAGUGCGUGUUGUUAGUGCAUGAAAGUUUUAAGCUGGAGAAAAUGUAGCACAAAUAUGUUUUCCGGUGUUGUAUUUCUUAAGGACGGUGUUGAUUAGAUUACGGGAGGCUACUUAUUACUGAUAUUACUAGGCUGUAUUGCAUAGGAAUUGACAUUAAUAGGUUGCCUUAUACAAAAACGUAACAAAGAAAAGUUCUCUGGUAUUGUACUUUAGAAUAAUGGUGCUGGUUGGGUUAUGGGAAGAAUUGAUUAUAUUGUGUAUGUUGUUUUGAAAUAACGGACUUCACAAACUGCUUCAAUGUGACGGCCAGCACUGUACUUGUUGGUCCCUGUCUGGAGUUGUUACUAAAGUCACUGCACACUAAGGGCCACUUUCACAGUUCACCAUGAUGGGUUAGUAAGCCUCCAAAUCAAUAUCAAAGACUGAAAAUUCCUUGUCUAGUGUUUUGUGUCCACAUUUGAGAAAUUUGAGGAAACCAUACAGGAAAUCACUUGUAUAUCUGGUGUUGCAUCAAAAACCUAACCAUUAUGUAGAAGAUUGAAGAGUUUGGUUCCAGUGAUUAUGAAGCCACUGUGUUGGACUGUGAAAUUGGCUCUAAGUUGGUCCAGAAGCCUCAUCCCCUCUUCCAGUUACAUGAGCUGAUUGGUUGGAGUAAAGGAGCUUGGAGUUAGGAGUCAGCGUUUCCUUAGAGGCUUCUGGACCAGCUUAUUGUAUCUAUAGUGUGUGGUGACUAUAGCUCAAUGAAUACAGUGCCGUCCUUCACAUAGAAGUAGCUUUGAAAGUCCGUUGUUCAUAUAAGCAGGUUAUGUUGAAUAUGAAGAGAAUGUUUAAAUGGAGAGACUGGAGGUUGAUGAACAUGGUAGGUUAUGAAGCUGUAGUAGGAUUGUGAAGUUACUUUGGCCACAUACUUGUCUACUGAUCUGUCCCAUUUGUGAUUUACUCCUGAGACGGCAUCAAUUUCACCUUCAUUACAUGUACACACUCCCAGGAAAAUGCAGUUGUACCAUGAUUUUUUCCAAACAUUUAGCACACUUUGGAAUGCUGAAUAGUCUCAUCAGCCUAGACAGCUGAUAUAUUAACAUCCUUCAUCAUGUUCUCAAUGAGGGUCUACAGAACUUUGUAUUCCCUAACUUCAGUAUUCUGUUGCUUGUUAAUUUACCCUCUGGAGACUUGCAGAAAAAUCUUACAAAUAAUUAAAUUAGUUGAAUCAACAAAUGUAUUGUAGACAUUCUCAAUGAAUAAAUAUAUUUAUUAAU